UUCCCCUCAUUCCUAACAUUUCUCACCAAAUCAAAGUCAGUGUUAGUUUGAAGAAGAAUACGCAUCAAUUCUGUUUCCCUUUUUCUCUCUGUGAUGAUGAUGAUGACGACGACUCGCACAAUUUCUCAUCUUCAUGCUUUCAUCAAAUUCAAAGGUGACUCCUUUCUUCUUCCUUCAAGAAACCCCCUUUCAUCUUCCCCGUUAGGUUUAGCUUCUCUUCACUCUAAUUCCUUUUUAAAUAACGAUCGUCCUCUAUCUAAGUUUCAAAAAGUUACCAACUUGGAUCAUGCCUUUAACCUGUUCGAUGAAAUGACACAGAGACGACCACUGCCAUCUGUUGUUCACUUUACUCAGUUGUUAAAUGCUGUUGCCAAAAUGAACCAUUUUUCUUCUUCUCUCCACCUUUUUAAACAGAUGUGUCUCAUUGGAGUGCCUGUUAACGAGUACUCUAUCAGUAUCGCAAUCAAGUGUUGUUGUCAGAUGUCUCGCACCAAUGACGGUUUUGCCCUCCUAGCUUCUUGCUUCAGGCGAGCUGUUGUCCCAAAUGUCUUCAUAUUUAAUACACUCUUAGAUGGACUCGUCAUAGAAAAUAGGAUUGCUGAGGCAGAGAGACUCUUCAAGAAGCUCAUUAAGCAGAAAAUUUGUGAACCUGAUGUUGUUACAUAUUCCACGAUGAUCAAAGGGCUUUGCAAGGUUGGAAAUAAUGAUAUUGCCAUUGGUUUGCUUAGGCUCAUGGAUGAAAGAGGCUGUAAGCCUGAUAUUUAUGCAUAUAAUACCAUCAUUGAUAGUCUCUGCAAGGACAAAAUGAUAGAGGAUGCUUUCAAGCUUUUCAAUGAAAUGGUAUUUCACAAAGGCAUUCCACCAAAUGUCAUCACAUACACCUCUCUGAUUCAUGGCCUUUGUAACUUAUGUCGUUGGGACGAGGUCUCUAAGCUGCUAAAAGAAAUGGAGGAUCUAAGGAUCUCUCCUAAUUUUCAAACCUUUAGCAUAUUAGUUGAUGCAUUUUGCAAGGAGGGUAAGGUGGAUGAAGCCGAAACUAUUAUAGAUAUCAUGGUUGAGAGAGGUGAGGCGCCUACCAUAGUGACAUACAACACACUUAUAGACGGUUACUGUUUGCGAGGUGAAAUGACCAAAGCAAGGACGCUUUUUGAUUCACUUACAUCUAAAGGUUUAGUCCCUGAUUUGUUUACUUAUAACAGUUUACUAAAUGGGUAUUGCAAGAGUUUGAAAAUAGAAGACGCCAUGCAUUUGUUUCAUGAAGUAACAAGGAAAGGUUUGAAACCGGAUCUAGUCACUUACAGCACCAUGAUACAAGGUUUAUUUAGGGUUGGACGUUGUGGAGAUGCACACAAACUCUUUGAUGAGAUGCCAGCACAAGGCCUAAUUCCAAAUGAAUGCACAUAUAGAAUAAUAUUGGACGGUCUUUGCAACAACCAUAAAGUUGAUGAGGCGCUCUCUUUGUUCCACUUGGUAGGUGAUAGCAAGCUAAAUUCAGAUAUUGUUGUGCACACAAUACUUAUUGAAGGUGCAAGCAAAUGUGGGAAGCUUGAUAUCGCAAGAGCUCUUUUCCAUGACCUUGUUUUAAAAGGUUUGCAACCUGAUGUUCGGACAUAUACCGUGAUGAUUAGUGGCUUUUGUGGGGAAGGUCUACUAGAGGAAGCAAAGCACUUGUUUAUUAAAAUGGAUGAGAGUGGCUGCCCACCGAAUAAUGUUACUUACAACGUUCUUCUACAAGGAUAUCUGAAGAACCAUAAUUACAAUGAUGUUGAGAUGCUUUUACAUGAGAUGGAUGGAAGAGGUUACUCACUUGAUGCUUCGACCGUAUCGAUGUUUAUAGAUCAAAUUGCAGCUGGUUCACUGGAUAGAAGUAUGCUUAAGUUGAUAGGUAGCCUUGUGCAAAAGAAUUGAUAACAACAGUCCCGGAUUGAAACUGAAAGAGAGAAUGUGUGCUUGAUUAUUUGUAGGAUGACAAUACUAAUCAAAUUUCAUAUAUUGUUAAACCUGAGCAAUGUCGACUUUCGUGUCUGUUGUGAGUACUCUUCCAAUGUUCAUAUAUACUGUACGGUUAAUCAAGUAAGAUCUUCCCAGUGUAUUAUUUGACA